GAGCAAAGCACCAAAUCCCAAAAUCACUCCUUCUCUCUCCUCUUUCUCAAGUCUCAACAAUGGCAAAAGUGUAGUAGCUCCCGCGAUGGAGGGUGUUCAGUGACAACGACAUUGAAAUUAGUGCUGCGCAGUAGCUAGCUGUGACUCCGACAAUGGGUAGUGAUGGCGUCUCUAAUUAAAUCAAUCAUUCUCGUCCACCAACGUCGGCAAGAAUUAUGUCCAAGAGCUCCUUGACAAAGCUCCCAGGUCAUUAAUUUCAAGGUGAAAUGGUCACCCCUACCCUUUGGGGUACCCUUUGUUUCUAGGGUUUUCGUUUAAUUCCGCCAAAGCUGGUGGUGUUGGUGGACGGUUUAAUGGGAGGGAGAUGAUGGUGUCAGUGAACAUGAUGAAGAUGGUAGUGUCGGUGUUAAGCUUCAAUGGAGGAAGUAGCUUGGACACCAUUGUUAGCAUUGAUAAACGUAGUUAGGAUCUAGGCCACGUGUUUGUGAUGAUUAAGUAGCUGACAAAGCAAAAGGAUGAGUUGGCUGUUGAGUAAGCACUAGAUUGACAUAAUAUGUUGAUCAUGAAGAUCAACUAGGCGAGCCCAAAAAAAGUUUGUGCCGUGCUAUGUUGAUCAUUAAUAUCUCGGUGUGUUACAUCAUGCUAUGAAAUACUUGAGUAUUAUUUAUAUUUUUUGGUAAAGUGGUUAGAAAAAAAAAAUUAAAUUAGGAAUGAAUCGUGAGUUAGCUUGUUAUGCUUGUACAGUUAUGUUAGAUUUUGAAAAUGAUGUAUAGAUUUUCAAAUAUAAUUCAUGGCUCACAUGCUUGCCUCUCAUUAGUCUCGUACCGUAAGGCUCGGGGUAAGUAAAGCAAUUUUCAUGUCAUGUUUGAUCGACCCUUGAGCUAGACGUCUAGCCCGUGGAGGAGCAAAAAAUUAAAUGAGAAUGAAUGUGACCUUUAUAUUAUUUUGAGCUGACGAUUGGCGUUGUAUGCGUGUCAUUAAUCUUCAUACUUCAUUUUUUUUUCUCCCGCCUUUGGAGAGCUUUACCUUUUCGUUUCACGCUACACUCACUCUCUUUCCCCUCCAUUGAAGCGUACUCUAAAUUUUACAUUGAAACGGCUUCUGAGCUUUAUCUCCUGAAGCAGAUUCUGGGCUUUCAAUCCUCCAUUGAAGCAACUUCUGAGGAAAGCUUACUUUAUUGGAUCCUUUAUUUCUCAUACACUCACCGAACAUUGUUGGAGGAUAAUCUCUGAUUCUCUGUUGUUACACUUGUAAUCUUGUCAAAAGUGGCGGUGUACUUUUGGUUUAGGCAGAGAUGUUGCAGUGGAUGGGAGGAUCAAGACGGAAGGUUACAACUUCUAGGAAGUCAACACAAAAGAGGCAAAAACAAUACUUUGAACAAAGGAAAAGACAGCAGCAAGAGACUGCAUUUAUCGAGAAUAAUGUUGAUGGUUUAGACACAUUUGACCAUCAAAAGAGAAACCGGUCACUGGAUAUUUUGAGUCUUCACAAUGUUUCAAAAGUUACAGAAGAAUGCAAGCCCUUAUAUGGUACUGAGAAAUUUUCAAGUAUUACCAAAAAAGCUGCUUGUGAAAGCUUUGCUGAAGAUGUGUAUUCAAGUUUCAUUGGGAAGUCUGGAGGCCAUGAUUUUCCAGCAAGCUAUCAUACUUCCAUGAGCUCUCCAAUGCUGAAGUCUGGUGAACUCACUGCUACGGCGUGCACACUGCCUACUGGAACAAGGGUUCCCUCAUCAAAUCAAAUGGGAAGAGUGUCCUCAAAAAGCACUAGGGAAACCAGCACUUCAAGAGUCCAAAAUGUUGAGUCAGAAUAUGUGAAAAGUGCCUCAUCGAUUCAACCAUCCAUUUUUGAUAUAAUUGGCGAUGAUGGAGCUGUUGGCAUUUCAGAAGGAGAAUCUGCACAGGAAACUCAUGUUGCUUUCUCCAUUGAAGGUUUAGGUAAAGUGGGAACAGAAACACCUUUGCAGUCGCCACAACGUCCUGGAAGUAAAGUGAAUGAUGAACUGACCACAUUUACCAAGGCUGCUAAAAAUAUCUACUCAUGCAAAAACAUCAAUACGGUGCUGGAUAACCUUGAUAUGGAAGUGGAUGUUGAAAAACCAUCUUGUCACAAUCGCUUAUUUGGAGAUGAACUUUAUCCAAUUGACAGUAUUGAGCAUGAACUACGGACAUUCAAAAAUGGCAUGCAACUUGAUGGCAGGCAAUGCGAGAUAAACUCCUUCUAUGACGAAGAUAGACAUGAUAUUUUCUGGAAUGAUAGCUCUCCCUGCUUGGACGACUAUAAUAAGAUUGAUGAGAUAUGUGGAGUGAACUGGAAGAAUUAUGAUACUAGUCAUGCUACUAAUAACACUUUUACCUGGAGAAAUGAUUUAUCAGAUAUGAAGUUUGAAAGGUGUUAUUCACAAUCACCUCCAAGGUUUCAGGAGAAGAUACCUGAUAGAUCUGACUUUUUAGAUGGAGAUUGCUGUUUUCCUGCAUCUGAUGAACCCAGAUACUCUUCGUUUGUGUGCAAUUAUCAUCCACAAGGCCGCUUUUCUCCGUUGAAGAAAUUGAAAGAUACGAGGGACUGCCUGACCUCGUUUAGUGGAGAAUCUUGCUCUUCCACUGCAGUGGGAGGUGAGAGCACUGCUGAUAUGCCAUCUGCAAGACACGUAAGAAGAUAUGGAAAGGAAUUAAAGGAUCUGGACAUGCCAUGUAAGUCAAACAAUUUUGAUGAAGAUAUUUGGAACAUUAUGCCCACUACAAUGAGAGAAGGAAAGGAAUGCCACUCGUCAAGGAAACAAAUGAGAUCAGGUCUCUCGCACUUGAAGUCUGCCUUAUUUUCACGGAGUCCUGUCAAUGAACGUGAAGAUAAUCUCCUGUUUGAAGAAGAGUUCCCAUUGCCCAAAAUGAAAACAAAUCCCAGGUCUUCCUUCGGAUCAUUUGAGAAAAGCCAACAUCGGAGUGGAGAUUCAGUCAAUCUUGAUGGAGUUGAAUUUCAUAGAUCUAAAUGUUAUUUGGAUCGUUCUGCAAAAGAUAAUCCUGAAAAAUUUUCAUCAGAAAAAGCUUUCCACCAACCAUUACGUUCAAGGCAAUCCUAUGGUACAUCUUUCAUCUCGAAAGCUGAUUAUGGGGAAAGCUCGCUUGGUGAGCAAGACUUUAAAGUACAUGUUCAGUCUUCAAAUUCUUCUGAAGUUUUUGGAGACAUUGAAUCUGCAUUUCCAGCUCCAGAGUUAUCAGUGCAGGAAAGUGUGACUGAGGAAAGGAGGGACAGGCUUCAGAGCCAGACACCAUGGCAUGAAAACCUAGACCCAGUUUCCAUGGGAGACAGAAAUAUGACACCAGAAAGCAGGUUGCCUAUUCAAGAAACUACUUUAAAGGACUAUAAUGGGUCUCAGGAUACGUCAAAUAAUGAUUUCUCUCAAGAAGUAAUCGCUGAUGCAGAUAAUGUGCAGAGCUCUCCCAGGACUCCCACUAAAGAAUCGCUAGGCAGCGUUCCAGUUUUGUGUCAACAGGAAGUCAAAGCUGUGGAUGAUGACAGUCUAAAUGGAGCUAAAACAAAGACCAAGAUGAUUGAUCCAUGUUUCCAACUCAUGACAGUUGAAAGGUGUGUCUUAAAACUUUUCAGUAUGCCAAAGAAACAAACUGUUGUUUGGAAUGCCAUGAGGAUGUUCUAAUGUGUGUACAUCGUAUAUCAUUUUUUUUUUCUUUGACUAAGGUGCAUGUACAUGAUAAAUAUCUAGAGUCCUUUCUUCCCUGUCAGAUAUGUUGAUAAGUAGUACGACUGUACGAGUACUUCUAUGAUAAUAACAAUGUGACAUUGCUCUUUGUGCGAAUGUAUUGAUUCCGAUGAGUGCGAAAUUAAAUGCUUUGUCUUCAGAUUCCUGGCAUAUAGUUUUGCUCAGCAAAACAAUCUUGAUAUAGAUUUGGGGAUAUCAUAGUUGAGUCUUGCCAAAGAUGGCAAAGAUGGAACCCAGCUUUGAGCCUUUGAUGCAUACAAUGAUACAAUUGACUGUUUAAGUUAAACUGAAAGGGUUAUAUGAUUAGAUACUGAAGUACUAGUAAAAUAAAUUCUUAGAAUAUGUUCUUUAACUUAUUUCAUAAGGUUUUUUUUUUUUUUUUUUUUUUUUUUUUUUUUUUUUUUUGACAAAGUUAUUUUCACAAGUUUGAUUACUCGUUCUUGUUGGAAUAAGACCAAAUCUAGAUAAAAAAUUUAGAUUACUUGAAUUAAAUUAAUCUAUUAUUCACUAACUAUUUUAAAUUAUAUACUGCACUUGAAGAGGUUGGAGAAUAUCUUAAUUUUUUUUAAGGGUAAAAUAGGAAAAUAAAUAUAUGGAUAAUGAACUCAUAAAUAGAAAGCCUGGAUUAGUUGUGUUUUUCAUACAGCUGCAAUUAAGCAGAUAGUUUCGAAUGUGCCUUAAUCCUAUAAUAGCAAACUGUUCUAAACUUCUAAUUAUGGACCAUCAACAAUGUUAGUGGAUUUAAACCAAACAGAACACUCUGUAUUUAUCCCUUAAAUUUAAUCUUAAUUUUAGGCCACCAUUCCAUAAGAAACAGAGUUU